AUGGCAAAGAAGAAGAACCAGAGCCAGAAUAUUGGUGAGGGCUCGGAUCCUCCAAGUCCAGCAUCAUCUGCGUCAACAGCAACAGCAAAACCAAAAGAUACAAAGCCGCCUCAACCGUCCACUUCAGCUUUAAUAAUCUGCCGCAAUAAGCAUUGGCGCUACAUCUCCUCUUUUCAUGGCCCCUGGCUGCAAUUGCCUCCCGAAGUGCUUGAAAGCCUUGCGAACAACAACUAUAACCUUCCUCGACCUCGGCCAAUUGACCCCGCUGUAUUCUUCGACCUCCUCAAGAUCAGACAACUCGUCGACGAAGCCACAAACCUUGCGGUACGUGCUGCAAGUGGUGUGACUUCGUCAGCUCUUACAAAUUCAUUGAAUGCUGGGAACGGACUUUUGGGCAAUGGAGGCGCAGCGUUGGGUCUGGGCAUUGGUGGGGGAGGAGGCAAUGCGAAAUUGAGUAGGGAACGGAAACACCGCAUGAGAGAGCAGGCGACGCAGAAGCUGUCUAAAGCAUACCAUUUGGAUGAGAUUGCAUGUAGUGUGGCGACCAUGCAAUCUGCCUCUACCCUUGAAGAUGUUGCGCAACUCGUCUUGCAGAGAAAUCCGAAUGACGCUGAUGCGAAAUAUGUCCAUUUCUUCCAUGAGAAGAUUCCUUCUCGUCAGCUAGCCGAAUGUACAAGUCUUGAGCCUCUGAAUGAAGUCAUUGCAGAACGGCCGAGCGAGGGUGAGAUAUUAAGAACCCGUGCUGUUACUAAGAUCUUUAAGGAAGACUUCUUUGGUGCAGCUCAAGAUCUGACUGCAGCAUUGCAGGUUUGCAGAUAUUAUCAGAGCCAGCACAAGGCAGGGAGACAGCAGCUUCAACUGGCAAGUGAAGUUGCAGCUGAGAACCAGCGAAAUGGUAGAUGGAAGGAAGAAGUGAAGCUUGACGAAGAAGAUCAUCCGAGUAGUCUUGAAACUCAGCUGCUAUUCCACCGGGCAGGUGUCUAUCUAACCAUUGCUUGCCAACAUGUCAAUGAUGCUCUUCUACCGAAGCCUACAAAUGGAGUCAAUGGCAGAAAAGCAGCUGAAAGCAAAGAAAAUGGAAACGUAAAUUCAUCCGAGACACCGGUGGAAACAGAGGCACCCGAGUUGAGCCCGGCCGAGAAAGAAGCACAACGAAGGCGUCUCGAGGCUAGGAAAGUUGUCAAGACUAAUGCUAAGAGAGCCCUUCGAGAUUACGUUGCCUACCUCGCGCAUUUUGACUAUACACCAGGUCUUCCCGCUGAAAUCGCAGAGGAUUUUGUGCGCAAGGUCAACCAAGCCGCAAAUGGAUUCAAAAUCCCACGUCCUCAAAACGGCAACAAUAAUAAAAGCCUUGACUUGGAAAGCAAUGCUUCGUUAAGCAACGGUCAACUAUCCGAUGCUCUUGUUCCUCAUAAAGGCCCAAGUCGCAACCGACCCCAUCCUAGCAAUGGGUCCCGUACUGAGCUUCCAAGUCUACCUCCACCAAUCGUCCACCAGAUCUCAUCACUUUUCUCUGCGACACCCCCAGCAGACCUCCCUCCUUACCCCGAGACGGCAACUACCCUAACUACCAAACAGCAAAUGCACGCAUCCCAGAAUGAGGCCGCAAAAGCAAUUCUAGCCCAAACAGACUGUCACGAGGCACUAACCUACCACCCUCUUCUGACAGAUGCCCUCCACUCUCUCCUUCUCUGCCACUGCCUCGUCCAAACCUCAGCGCGCGAGCUCCAGCGCCAUGCCCACAUGGUCGCGCGCCUCGCCCGCGUCUGCGACGGCUACCCCAUUUUUCAAGCCGCGCGUUCUCCCAGCCGCGCCGACUGGAUCGAGGUCGUUCGCCGUAGCGACAACUGGAUCCAGCUCACGCAGUCCUGGGAAUCACUCUGCGCGCCCGCUCCUCUGCCCGGCCAAUCUGCCAAGAACCAGCAGAAAGAAACAGCGGCCGAGAAGAAAGAACGUCUCAAGCAGCAGGCUAUCAUGGAAGCGCUCGAGGAUGACCGCGUGCAUGACGAGGCUAGUUUCCACGCUGCUGUUGCGGCGAGGCAGCGCAGACAGGAAGAGGAGGCUAGGAAGGCGGAGGGCAGGGAGAUGCCGAAGCGAUGGGCGCAGGAGGAUGGGAAGGAGUAUCCUAUUUCUACUGAGCGUGCACAGGCUAUCGUGCGCUGGAUCCGGGAGGCGCCUGUUGGUGGUGAGGCUGGUGGGCCUCGUAAGAAGAAAAAAGGCAGUAAGAUAGGCGCUAAAGGCAAAGCGAGAGCUGGUGUUGAGGAUGCGAUGGGUAGUAUGAAAGUCCAGGAUGAAGAGGAGGGCUUUGAGCAGCUGGAGGAGGAAGUGGACUAG